AUGAUUACACGACAGUCAAGUGUAUUGAGUAUCCCAGCUUCAUCUCCCGCUGCACCAGCACUACAUCGCUAUAGAGUACUGAGCGCAUCACCGGUAUUGCAAGGCCUCGUAACAUUAUCCACUCGCAUAGUCAUUUCCAAAGCACUAGCACUAGAACCGCCUUCGUUACGACAUCAUAUAGACAAGGAAGAAUUAGACGUUAAAUCAUUCUUAAACACCAAAAUCAUAACGGGAGAAGCUGCUGGCAGUGAAGCCGGAUUACGAUACCUUCUAGAUUCGUCAUUACCUGGUAGUAAUGGGAUUAAACUCGACACUGAAGCGUUGAAACAACCGUUACCUAUAUCAACUUUACAGCCAACACCGCCAGAAGACGAAGAUGAAGAGAUUCGAAUCAUUGUGCCUUUACUAGUGCUGGCUGAACUAGGUGUAUUUAGCGGUAGUUGGGUACUAGUGUCCACGUCAUCUACAACAGCACCUCGAUUAUGUCGAAUCUAUGGAAUAGAUGACGGCAAUUCAAAGAAUAUUCCACGAAAGGCGUACUUGCCGCCAUCAUUAUAUUUUAAUUUGGGAUCGCCGACACAGAUUCUCGUGUCUGCUGCCUUAUUACCUCAUGAUGCCAUGCCUGCUCCCAUAGCUACUGAAGUGACGUUAGCUAGAGUGGCAUCGCCGGUAUCUAAUGACAAAAAGGGACUUGACGCCGCUCUUGAUUCUUUGAAGAGGUGGUUUGAGAGUGCCGUUAGAAUAUUGUGCGAGGGGGAUGUUUUGUCUGUUGUUAUUGAUGAGGAAGAGAGACGCCUGAAGGGAAUAAUAGAGGAUGAGCUGGACGAUGACGAUGCCAUGAUUGAUUGUGAGCCAACAGAAGAUACAAGACAAGUUGCGUACUUUAAAGUGACCAAGACCUUUGUGGAGAAUGGCACUUCACUAUUUGCGUCAAUUCGGAUACAUCCGUCAGAAACCAAGUUAUUACAACAGGGAGUAGCGAAUACCAAAAUCCCAUCAUCCAUUCGAAAGUAUCUACAUGCAGGUGCAGCGCCAGAUCCACCCCCACAACGUACAGAUCCAGCCUUCACUACGCUAAGAUCCUUAAUGGCAGUAUCACUACAUCCAGCAGCCGCACUGCUAGAUUUGGGGUGUUCCAUCCUAGUCUAUGGGCCUCGUGGAGUUGGUAAACGCGCCUUGGCAUCUGCAGCGGCAGAUUCAUUAGGUAUUCAUAUCAUGGAAGUAGCUUGCUUUGAUUUGGUUGGUGAUUCUGAUUCCAAGACCGAAGCAUCAUUGGAACGAGCUUUUGACCGUGCGGAAGCUGCUGUUCCGUGUGUUUUGGUGUUGCGGAAUGCUGAAGCACUUGCAAAGAAGAGUGAUGUUGCUGAGACUGGACAAGAGCCAAAAAUAGCAUCUGUACUGGCAGCAUGCUUACGACGAGCUGGCGAUGUUUCACGAGAUCAAGGACUACCACUUUUAGUGGUUGGAACCACGUCAGAUCCCGAUAAACUCCCAACCUCUAUAAGAACAGCAUUCCGGCACGAAGUCGUUGUAGAAUCUCCAGCAGAACCAGCCCGUCUCUUCAUUCUCAAAAACCUCCUAUCUCAGAUUCCAUUAGGUCCCGAUGCAGACUUGGAUGGAAUAGCGGCACAUACCGCAGCUCUAAAUUCACGAGAUUUAAAAGAUUUGGUAUCUCGAGCUGCAGCUGCUAGUAUUGUUCGAGUUAUUGAUAGUCUGGGGAAAUCCGUGGGACGAAAUGGUGUCGGGAUUGUUGCCAAUGAUGAUGAUUUAGCCAGAGCUGGUGUUGCCAUAGUGGGCAAGGAUUUCGAUAAAGCUCUGGGUAAAGCUCGGGCUGCUCAUUCUGAUUCUAUUGGUGCACCCAAGAUUCCUAAUGUUACAUGGGAUGAUGUUGGUGGUCUGGCACAUGCUAAACGUGCAGUGUUGGAUACUAUACAACUUCCUCUUGAGCAUCCAGAGCUGUUUGCUGGUGGCGUCAAGAAGCGUUCAGGUAUAUUACUAUAUGGACCACCAGGAACAGGCAAAACACUCAUGGCCAAAGCGGUAGCAACAACUCUCUCUCUCAACUUUUUAUCUGUAAAGGGACCCGAACUCUUAAACAUGUACAUUGGAGAAUCCGAAGCCAAUGUCCGUAAAGUCUUUCAACGAGCACGAGAUGCACGACCCUGUGUUGUCUUUUUCGAUGAACUGGAUUCAGUGGCGCCGAAACGUGGUGCUAAAGGAGAUUCAGGAGGUGUGAUGGAUCGAAUUGUGAGUCAGUUGUUGGCUGAAUUGGAUUCCAUCGGUGGAGGAGCUGGAGGAGAUGUUUUUGUUAUUGGAGCUACGAAUCGACCUGAUUUGUUGGAUUCUGCUUUGUUGAGACCUGGAAGAUUUGAUAAACUAUUGUAUUUGGGAGUAGCAUCUGAUCGAGACUCUCAAGUCAAGCUGUUACAAGCCUUGACUCGUAAAUUCACGCUAGCACCAGGUCUAGAUUUGACUCGAGUGGCAGAGAAAUGUCCAUAUAAUUAUACAGGUGCAGACUUUUAUGCUUUGUGCUCUGAUUCUAUGCUCAAGGCUAUGAUUAGGAGGAUUGAUUUAGUUGAUGCAAAGAUUGCUGCUAUGAACGCCUCACCGCAACGGGAACAUCCACAUCCUGUAACACCAGCCUAUUUCUUUGAUCGUAUUGCGACACCAGAAGAUGUGACUGUGAUGGUUGAUGAAGAGGACUUUGAAGCUGCACAACGAGAACUGUCACCAUCAGUACCCAUGGCUGAAUUGAAACGAUAUGAGGAAGUGAGGAAAAAGUUUGAAGAUAUACCCGCUGAUGAAGUGCUACCUGUUAGCAGUAGUAAUGGUGGUGCUACUGUUAGUGAGAUAUCAUUCAGUCUUGGAAAUGGGGAUGAUUCGCUCCCUAAGCCUGUGUCUAGUGGUGGUGGUCCUAAAAAGGGGAAUCAGGUUGUGAAGAAGAAGAAGAGUGGUGAUGCGUUCAAGAAGAAUCAGACUACGAGUAGUAUUAACAAUAGUAGUGGUGCACCAGCACCUCCAGUAUCUGCCACAUCACCUGGUAACAAGAGUGAAGAGUCGGAUGAGGAGUUCUUCCCAGCUCCAAACGCUUCGAAUCCGGAGAUUGUUGAAGGGAAGGGUAAGGGUAAAGCUACAUGA